GCUAGUUCCUGCACAAGACACUGUUAUUGCUCCUAUCGCAUCGUUACGGACGAGCGGAAAGAAAGAAAGACAGCGAGACAGCCUCCCGCUGCGAACAGGACGUCGCUCCUGAGAGACUCUAGAAACACGUUAUCUGCUGUGGGGGUGGGGAAAAAAGGGGUAAACAACGAUCCAGCAUGCUACAGGAGUGAGAUAAAGCAGGGACACCUCCCUCGCACACACCCUGCCUCUUCCUCUUCCUCCUCCUCCUCCUCCUCCUCCUCCCCCCGCAAUCUGAAUAAAGAAAACAGAGCAGCAGCAGAAGAAGCACAACACUCACAGGCAUGAUGGGAGUCCCUGUGCUCUGUGUCAUGGUGCUACUUUUCAUGUGUCACAGUCACAGUGUGGAAACACUGUCCAAAAGGUCUCUGGAAGACGUGUUGUUGGAUUCCAGCGACUGUGCGUCCAGGACCAAGCAGCCUCUUGUGAUCAACCCUCGCAACUUCACGAUGGACAUCCGUAUGCCCGGUGUUAUUCCUCGAGGGUCGGACACGUACCUGUGCAGAUCCAUUCCCGUGCCAACAAACAGAGACCUAUAUGUCGUCGACUUCAUACCUCACGCCAGCAUGAACGUCGUCCAUCACAUGAUCUUGUUCGGCUGCCAGAAGCCCGCCUCCACCAGCAGCUACUGGGACUGUGGCAGCGCCGAGGGCACGUGUGACGACGGCGGCUCCAUCAUGUACGCCUGGGCUCGCAACGCCCCGCCCACUAAAUUACCUAAAGAUGUUGGUUUCAAAGUUGGGAGAGACGCAGGAAUCACACACUUCGUGCUGCAGAUGCAUUACGGAGAUGUCACUGCUUUCCAGGACCACCACAGAGAUUGCUCAGGGCUCUCUUUGAGAAUGACGUCCAAGCCGCAGCCGUUCAUCGCUGGCAUCUACCUGCUCAUGUCUAUGGACGCUGUCAUCCUUCCAGGAAAAAGAGUCACGAAUGCAGACAUCGCAUGCGACUACUCGUCGUAUCCCAUCUAUCCGUUUGCCUUCAGGACACACACACAUCAACUGGGUAAAGUGGUCAGUGGUUACAGGAUCAGAGACGGGAGGUGGAGCCUGAUUGGAAGACAGUCCCCUCAGCUUCCACAGGCGUUUUAUCCUGCAAACAAAAGCAUGGAGGUGAAGUACGGCGACACCCUCGCUGCCAGGUGUAUGUUUACUGGUGAAGGCAAAGCUUCCAAAACCUACAUUGGUGCUACCUCUGCUGAUGAAAUGUGUAACUUCUACAUCAUGUACUACAUGGAGAGCAAACACGCCGUCCCGUACAUGGCCUGCUCGGACACGGGCUCCAAAGAGCUGUUCCAGCGCAUCCCACCCGAGGCCAACGUUCCCAUCCCCGUCAGUCCAGGUCACUCCAUGAUGCACAUGACGUCGUCAGCAGGUCAUAGAGACGGCAGUUCGCUGGUGGGCAUAAACAACGCAGAGCAAGAUCAGGGUGACCUCUAUUCUCUCAUGUCCCAUCUGCUAGGCCAGAGUCAGGACGUAGUUCGCGUACAUAAGUACGAGCCCAGCCGGGCGCAGAGAGCCCAGGCCGAGCUCAUGGCUCAGAUCGAUAGCUUAAUGCAAAAGAAAUACCUGGGCUCUCCCAGUGCCACGCUGGCCUUCCAGACCAGGAAGGACCCUGUGUUGGUGAGGGACAGAGUCCACAGGUUCCAUCAGCUCGAGGCCACGUCCAAGCCGCCGUCAAGCAAGAUGGUAGCUGAAGGACAAGACAACCACCUGGAGCAGGUGUCGUCAUGGCCGCAGGGUUCUCUGCAGCUGGGUCAGGUGUCAGGACUCGCCCUGGACUCAGACUCUAACUUGGUCAUUUUCCACAGAGGGGAUCACCAGUGGGGACCCGGCUCCUUCAACAGUCAGGCUCGGUACCAGCAGAGGUCCCUGGGUCCCAUCCAGCAGUCCACCAUUCUGGUGGUGGACCCGGCCAAAGGCAACAUCCUGAAGGCGUCCGGCAGAAACAUGUUUCACAUGCCUCACGGGAUAACCACAGACAAAGACAAUAACUACUGGGUCACGGACGUCGCUCUGCAUCAGGUGUUGAAGGUGAGCGGUGACGGCAGAGACAGCACCUUGGUGGCGCUCGGCGAAGCGUUCACGCCGGGAACUGACAGCAGACACUUCUGUCAGCCCACUGACGUCGCCGUGGACACGGACACCGGCAACGUCUUUGUGUCCGACGGCUACUGCAACGCCCGGAUCCUCAAGUUCUCCGCCGACGGCAGAUACCUGACGGAGUGGGGCGCAGGUUCGUCCGACAGGAGGAGGCGCACGCCGUUCCGCAUCCCCCACAGCCUGGUGUUCCUCCCCGACAGACGCGAGGUCUGCGUGGCCGACCGGGAGAACGGACGCAUCCAGUGCUUCAUCGCCGAAACCGGGGAGUUCGUCAAGGAGAUAAAGAAAGACGAGUUUGGAGGAGAGGUGUUCGCCAUCAACUACAGCCCUGCCGGAGACGGCGUGAUCUUUGCAGUUAACGGAGAGUCUCCAUACCGCGACGCUCCGCUCAGAGGCUUCGUCAUAAAUUAUUCAACCAAGGAUAUUUUGGAUACCUUCAGCCCAAAGACACAGGAGUUUCAAAUGCCUCAUGACAUCGUGGAGAGCAGCGACGGCAGCGUGUUUGUCGGCGACGCGGCGAGUAAGGCGGUCUUCAAGUUCACCAGCGAGAAACUUCAUCGCUCUGUCAAGAAAGCUGGAAUCAAGGUUCAGGAGGUCGAAGAAGUGGCGGCGUUCAUCCAAACUAAGCUGAGGCCGGAACACAACGCGUCGAAGUCCGCCCCUGUUCUCCAGCAGAAGCAAGCCGCGGUCCAGCCUCAGCCUCAGCCUCAGCCACAGCCACAGGAGGAGACACAGAAGGAGGAGGAGGAGGAGGAAGUGGAGGAGAAGAAGAAGAGUGCAGUGAAGCCAGACAGAGGGGAGGGAACGUUCACCGCCAUCAUCACCACACUGCUCCUCGUCCCUCUGGUGCUCGUCAUCUCCGUCGGCCUCUUCGUCUGCUGGAGGAGAAACAAUCGAUGUGAGGUGAAGAGUGAACCCAGCUCUGUGGGAGGGAUCUUAGGAAAAAUAAGAGGCAAAGCCGUGGGCAGCCUCAACCUGGGGAACUUCUUCGCGACCCACAAAGGUUACACGCGCCAGGGCUUCGACCAACUGAGCACCGAGGGCAGCGACCAGGAGCGCAACGACGACGACAGCAGCGACUCCGAGAACGAGGAGUACUCCGCUCUGCCGCCGCCGCCGCCGCCACAGCCACAGUCGUCCUCUUAGACGCCAACCCGGGGGGGUCACGACCCCCACGACCUUCUGCUUACAUUUGCCAAGAUGUUUGUUCUUCAUCACGUGUGUAACUGUUGUGUUCGCUGCCAAUCUUAUCGUUUAUAUAUAUAUAUAUUUAAAUAUAUGCUGUAUAUACAAAUAUUUUGACAGUUUUAUUUAAUCUUAAUUUAAUUUAUCUGUGUAAUCUGGAUGUGAUUCACAGUCGCGUCGCGAGAGAACGUCCCCCCCGUCCCCUCCCUCCUGAAAAUCAAAGCUGAGACCAGGGACAAACAUCAGAUUCAGCCUUAAAAUCGAGAGAAAAGAUUAUUUUUGCCUUUUUAAUCCUGUGAAAGUCCUGGAAUUUAGUUUUAUUUUGGAAAAAGAGAUUUAAUGUUUUUGUUUAUUUUUAGUUUGUUUCUACUUGUACUGGAGUCCACACAUUUUCUUAAGACGCUCCAGAGAGGGAGACACAAUGUCCACAAACGUAGCAUUCAUCGUUUUCUGGAGAUUGUCCAGCGAGACUUCACGUGAGAGCGCAAACGUAGCUCUGGACAUUUUCUGGAGACUGUGAGAGAGAGCGCACAUGUCCACUAAAGUAGCUCCAGUCAUUUUUCUAGAAAAUGGUCCAGAAGAGUUUUUUAACGUGAGAAUCCAAAUGUGCGCAAAGGUUGGGGUCUGGGUCCAGACAAGUUUUUUAUAUGUGAGAAUGUCAAUGUCUGUAAAUGUAGCUCCGGACGUUUGCUGGAGAUUGUCCAGAGAGAGAGAGAGAGACGCAAAUGUCCACUCAAGUCGCACUGGACCUUUUCUUGAAGAUUGUCCAGAGAUGCUUUACGUGAGAGUGUAAAUGUCCGCAAAAGUUGUUUUGGACAUUCUCUUGAAGAUAGUCCAGAGAGACCUGAUGUGAGAGCGCACAUGUCCACACAAGUUGUUGUGGACAUUGUUUCUUGGAGAUUGUCCAGAGAGACAGACGCAGAAGUCGCACUGGACAUUAUCUAGAAAUUGUCUUGAGAGACUGGACGUUUUCUGGAGAUUGUGUCAGAGCUCAGAAUGUUCCAGAACGUCUCUUGCCAGCUGCCUAGUCAGAUACCUAGAUUUAGUCAGAGUGACCUCGCGUGAGGACAGAAUGCGAGCGUUCGAUCUAAGCUCCGCCCCCCUGUCCGGACGCUCCAGACGUUCUCCCGCUGAUGUGGACGCGUCUGACGCAGACAAUCUACUGCUGCAUUAUUCACACGUGAGCGCAGCGUGAACAGUGUUUGGUUUGUGCCUCGUUUCUCCGGAUCCUUCCGUUAAUCUCUUCCAUGUCGUGAAGCUGCAGGUUCGUUCGUUUGGUUGUGUUUGGUCACGUUGUCGUCGUCGUCGCCGUCGUCGUCGCCGUCGUUUUUGUGCCUUUUCAUUAUUUUUGGGUUUUUUCAUCAUUUCAUCACGACAAGAAAAACGACAACUGCUGCUGCUGCUAGUUAGAGCUCGUACUCGCGGAUUCCUCUUCCAUUUAAGUGAACAGACAAAAGAGAUUACGUGUGUGUGUGUGUGUGUGUGACAGACUCCUUUACUGCAGGUCGCAUGACAGAUUAGAUUUGACAGAUUACACGUCGACCAAUCACAGUUUGCCAAUUUUUGGAAUGGGGAUUAACUGGAAAAUUUGGGGGCGUGGCCUGAGUAGCCGUGGAAUAGCAUUGAUAUUUAGCCAUAUUUGCAUCAAAUGUGUUUGUUUUAGCAGAGAUUAUGCCACAGUAUAUUAUUGAUCGACGAUAUUUAAGUUCCCAGUUUAAUGUGUCACUGUGAAGGAAACACUCGAGGGAAACUGUUCCACAACAUUCUGACCUCUUCAUCGUGGUCACAUGACUGCAGAGCUCAGCUCCUAUUGGUCCAAACCACAGAGACAAACCCAAGCAGCGCCCUCUGUCUUCUGUGUGGGGCACUGAUCACAUGCUGUAAUUUAAAGGGACCGUACGUGUGUCUGUACGAUGUAGCUCCGACAAAUCAACUGUACAUUUCAAUUUUUAAUCUCUCUAAAUAAAUAAUUGUCCUCGUCUUGAAACCUGCAGUUGUCGUGGAAACGGCGGAUUGUUGAGUCUCAUGUCCAGCUGGUCCAAUAAUCUCAAUCAAGUCGAUGAGUCAUCGAUGAACUCUCACAUUUCUCACUUCCUGCUCUUAUUUCCUGACAGUGUAGCUCGAGUUAAUCUGCAUUUAUCACUUUAAAUGAAAUCUGAGAAUAUAGCUGGGCGUACAUUUGUUCUGCAGAUUAUAAUCUAAUCUAAUAUAUAAUAUAAAGUUUGGUUAAUUACGGGUUUAUGGUAUCGAUCUGGGUUAAAUGUGCUGAUUUUUUGUGGUUGGUUUUAAUCUUGUUUAUAAUCUUGUUUCAGACUGGUUCAUAAUCUGGAUUAUAAUCUGGUUUCAAUUUGGUUUAUAAAAUAGAUUCAAUCUUGUUUCAGUAUGGUUUAAACCUGGUUAUAAUCUGGUCUCUAUCUGGUUUAUAAUCCAGUUUCAACCUGGUUUAUAAUCUGGUCUAAACCAUUUUUUUUUUAAAUCUUGCUGGUUUCAGACUAGUUUAUAAACUGGCCUCAGUUUGUUCUAUAAUGUGGUUUUAUACUGGUGCCUAAUCUGGUAUGGGUCUGUCUCAUAAUCAUGUGGUUUCAGACUGCUUUUAUAAUCUGGUUUUACUCACAAGUGAAAUUUUAAACCAGAUAAUAUCUGGUUUAAAAUUGGUUUUACUCUGGUUUAAAGUACUGUUUUGAUCUGGUUCAUAAUCUGGUGUGAUACUGGUUUAUCAUGUGGUCACAUUCCAUCUAGUUUAUAAAUGUUGUUUUUAAUCUGGUUUCAAACUGGUUAAUAAUCUGGUUUUGUAUCAAUCUGAUUUGUAAUCUGGUCUCAUAUUGCUUUAAAAUCUGCCCUCAAUCUGCUUUAUAAUGUGGUUUGAUACUGGUGCGUAAUCUGGUUGGUUUGGCCAGGGUUUGGUUUCAGGCUGGUUUAUAAUCUGGUUUUGGUCUAUUUCAUGCUCCGUUUUAUGAUCAGAUUUUUACCCACAAAAAAAACAGCUCAUGAAUCAGAUAUAAUCUGGAUUACAGUGCAGUCCAUAUUCUCAGGUUUCAUGUCUUUUUGCUCACGUUGCUGAUUUUAGGAUGAAUGUUUUCUUAUUAUUUAGAUUCCUCUCUGAACAGCAUGACGACGUGUCGUUGCAUUCCUGAUGUUGCUCCCUGAUCUUCACUGUAACUGGUUUUGCUGCAAGAAAAAAAAAGUACUAUUUUCAGUAACUAUGUUAUUUGUGUAAUAAAGUGUCUGCAAAGCA